AUGAAUUCAAAAGACAUCGAAGAGUGUAUAAAAUCAUUACAAGAAUAUAUAGACACAAAGAGCGUUCAAUGGAUAUCAGAAUUUAGUGAGAAAAUCAGAUAUAAUGAAACAUUAUUGAACCAAAUUAAUGAAACUUUCCAUGUGAUGAAUAAUGAUACUCUAUCUAGAGUGGAAACUCUAAGACAACGAUAUAUGGGUCAGUUGAAUGAUAUUGAACAAAGAAUAGAGGAGAUGGAAAAGCUGUGUGAUGAAUUAGAAGAUAUUCACGAUGAGAUUGAAGUAAAUAUAAAAUUGAAUCAGAAAUAA